AGUUUCUUCUCUGUUUUUCACUCCCUGUCAUCAAAUGGACUUGAGAAGUGGUUUCUCGGAUUCAAACGAAUUCAGCAACGGCAGUACCAUGUACAACAACAGCAGCAGCAAUGGUGAAGCCCGUUCCAAUAAUUCUUCAGAUAUCACCCCACUGAAGCGCCUCUCCGAGAACCUGGGCUCAAUCUUGGAGGCCUCCACAGCGUCUAACUUCUUUGCCGAUGCAAAGAUCGUGGCCGCGGAUGGCCGUGAAUUGACCGUGCACCGAUGCAUUCUGGCGGCCAGGAGUGGUUUCUUCAAGGAUGUGUUUUGUGCGAAAGAGAGGAGCACUGUGAUGCUCCAAAUGAAGGAAGUGGCUAAGGAUUAUGAUGUUGGGUUGGAUGCACUUGGAGCUGUUCUGGGUUAUUUGUAUAGUGGAAGGGUCAAACCUUUGCUUAAAGGUGUUGGUGUUUGUGCUUGUGUUGAUGAUGAUUGCUCCCAUCUUGGUUGCUGGCCUGCUCUAGAUUUUAUGCUUCAGCUGCUCUAUGCUUCCUCUCUAUUUUGCAUCAUUGAGUUAGUUUCUCUUUAUCAGGGACAUCUACUAAACAUUCUUGACAAGGUGGCAACAGAUGACAUUUCAGUGGUUCUCUCUGUUGCAAAUAAAUGUGGUAAAACAUGUGACAGGUUGCAAGCAAGGUGUACUGAGAUGAUAGUUAAAUCUGAUGCUGACAUUAUCACUCUGGAAAAAUCACUGCCUCAAACCAUAGUGAAACAAAUCAUGGAUAAACGUAAAGAACUGGGUUUAGACAGGCCUGAAAACCUCAAUUCUCCGGAUUACAAGCAUGUCAGCAGAAUACACAGGGCUCUGGAUUCAGAUGAUGUGGAAUUAGUAAGGUUGCUUCUGAAAGAGGGACAUACUACUCUAGAUGAGGCCUAUGCUCUUCACUAUGCUGUUGCAUACUGCGACGUGAAGACCGCCGCUGAGCUUCUUGAUCUUGGACUCGCGGAUGUCAACCACAAAAACCGUAAGGGCUAUAGUGUGCUGCAUGUUGCUGCCAUGAGGAAGGAGCCUAAGAUUAUAGCGUCUCUCUUGACAAAAGGAGCUCAGCCUUCUGAGCUCACUUUGGAUGGUAGAAAAGCGCUUCAGAUUUCAAAGAGUCACACCAAAGUUGUGGAUUAUCAUAAUAAAUCAACAGAAGAAGGAAAUGCAUCAUCAUCGAAAGAUAGAUUGUGCAUAGAGAUAUUGGAGCAAGCUGAGAGAAGAGAGCCUUUACUAGGGGAGGCAUCUCAUUCUCUUGCUAUGACAGGGGAUGAUUUCCGUAUGAAAUUGUUGUACCUAGAAAACAGAGUUGGACUUGCAAGGCUUCUGUUUCCCACGGAAGCAAAGGUUGUGAUGGACAUUACUCAAUAUGAUGGCACACCUGAAUUUCCAACACCAGACAUCUACCCUCCAAACAUAAGUGGUUGCCAGAGGAAAACUAUGGACUUAAAUGAGGCACCUUUUAAAAUAAAGGAGGAGUAUUUAGCUAGGAUGAGAGCACUGUCUAAAGCUGUGGAGGUGGGGAAACGUUUCUUUCCUCGUUGCUCUGAAGUUUCAAAUAAGAUCAUGGAUGCUGAUGACCUAUCUCAGCUUGCAUGUAUGGGUAAUGACAGUCCUGAAGAACGAGUAGCAAAGCGAAGACGGUAUAUGGAACUCCAAGAAGUUCUUAACAAGGUCUUCCAUGAGGAUAAAGAGGAGUUUGAUAGAUCUGGCAUCUCAUCAUCAUCCUCUUCCACGUCAAGGAUAAUUUAGAUUGUGAGUUUGUGACUAGAGGGUCUUGGCCGCAAACUGCUUCGAACUAGCUCAUGCUAACAGCUUUUUGUUAAGCUUGUACUUGCCUAUUUGAAUAACUAAACCUUAUCAAAAACUUCCUUUCGGUGGUUAU